UUAGUUCCACAUUCGUCAUGUAGCUGUUAGUCAAUUUGGCGCAACAAACGGUAAACAAGUUUACUUAAUUUUCCACCACUGCGCACCUCUAGCGCUGGGAGCAGAAUGGCAGCGGCGGCUCCUAACCCGGAGGACUCCGCCAGGAGCAGCGGUAGCGGCGGCACCGGCACACCCAGCGCCCUUGCGGGAGACGGGGACGCGGAAGAGACCGAAGACUUCACCUCCUCCUCCCACUGCUCUGAGCUGUCUCGGCGGCAGAACGAGCAGAGGAAGCAGGGCUUGUUCUGCGACGUGACGCUGGCCUUUAGCAGCGGUGUAGCUACCGGGAGCGUCCAGAGCUGUGAGUUUUCAGCCCACAGAUCAGUCCUGGCUGCUGCUACAGAUUAUUUUACCCCCCUGCUGGGAGGACAAUUUUCUGAAUCCUUGUCUGGACGGGUAGAAAUGAAGGAAUGGAGCUCAGAGCUGGGGCCAGAUCCGGAUACGGUGGAGAGUGUCAUCCAGUACAUGUACACUGGAGAAAUACGUGUUAGCACCUGCAAUGUGCAUGAAGUACUGGAGCUAGCUGACAGAUUUCUUCUACUGCAGCUGAAGGAUUUCUGUGGUGAGUUCCUAAAGAAGAAGCUGAGCCUGACCAAUUGUGUGGCGGUCCACAGUCUAGCCCACAUGUACACUUUGGACCAGCUGGCUUUACGUGCUGCAGACAUGAUUCGCCGCAACUUCCACAAGGUUAUCCAGGAUGAGGAGUUCUACACGCUGCCUUUCCACCUGGUCCGUGACUGGCUGUCUGACGCAGAGAUCACUGUGGAUUCAGAGGAGGUGCUGUUUGAAGCUGUGGUGAAGUGGGUGCAGAAGAACCCAGAGGAGCGAGGCCGCUACUUUGAGGAGCUGUUUCGCCUCCUGAGGUUGCCCCAAAUCAAGCCCACCUACCUGACCAGGGUGGUGAAAAAUGAGCGUCUGGUGGCUGCCAAUGAGGCUUGUCUCCGGCUGGUGUCUGAGGCAGUGGAGGGUCACGCUAUUCGCUUUGAGAACCUCAAGUCAGCUGAUAUGGAGUUUUGGUCUUCCCACAUGGCCUCCUUUCAGCCUCGCUUUGGCCAGAACAUGGACGUGAUCAUGGUGGUUGGCGGUGUGUCAGAGGGAGGUGACUACCUGAGUGAGUGUGUGGGCUAUUUUAUAUACGAGGACCGAUGGGUCAACCUGCCUCACAUCCACAACCACCUAGACGGCCAUGCCAUCGCUGCCACAGAGUCCCAUGUCUAUGUAGCCGGUUCAAUGGAACCAGGCUUUGCUAAGACAGUUGAGCGAUACAAUCCUAACCGCAACACCUGGGAGCAGGUGAGCAACCUGACCACACGCAAGCACUCCUUUGGCCUCACCUGCAUUAAGGAUAUACUGUACAGCAUUGGUGGCCAUGGAAACUUCAGCCCAGGUUUCAAAGAUGUCAGUGUGUAUGAGCCGGAGCAGGACAAGUGGCAUAAUCUGGAAUCAGCUCCCAAAAUUCUGCGUGAUGUCAAGGCAGUGAGCGUGGAGGACCGUUACGUGUACGUCACAGCACGCACACCUGUCGAUACAGAUAAUGAGGAUGGACUGAAGACGGUGACCACACGCUAUGACACUGAGAGCCGUCAGUGGCAAGACGUGGACUCCCUGCCCCUUAUUGACAACUAUUGCAUCUUCCAGAUGGCUGUGGCUUCAACAAACUUCUACCACACAGCGUCCUGCUGCCCAAAGAGCUACACAGUGAGAGAUGAGGUGGCCAAGCAGAAGAUAAGCGUGCGCAUUUCUGAUGAAAUCCUGGAGAGCCUGCCACCAGAGGUAACCAGCAUCGAGGGUGCUGCCAUCUGCCACUUUGACGAGGACGUCUUCAUCAUCGGAGGCUGGAAGAACAGCGACGACGUGGACAAGCAGUACCGCAAAGAGGCCUACCGCUACUGCGCCGAGAGGAAGCGCUGGAUGCUGCUGCCGCCUAUGCCUCAGCCUCGCUGCCGAGCCACCGCCUGCCAUGUCCGCAUCCCCUACCGCUUCCUGUACGGCUGCCAGCGCUACCCCAUGCCACAGAACCUGGCCCGCCAGCGAGACCGCAUGCAGCAAAUGCAGCAGCUUCACCGGCGCACGCUCACCCUGCGUCGUCAGCUCCAGUCACAGAUAGAGUGCUGAGCGAACCGGAGUCCACUCUUAAGAACUUUACUUACAAGUCCGCAGACAUUCCAUUGUCGCCAUCUUCAUCAGCAUCUCUACUCAUACAUACCAGGCUGCAGCAGGUCUUGUGUUGCUUUCAUUCUGGUUCAUCAAACUGAACUCUGUGCCAUUGGCUCUCAUGCUGUGUUGUGUUGACAGCCGACUUGUUGAUAGCCAUGAAAUGAGUUGGCAGGACUGCUCUGUUUGGAGGGAUUUGGUGAAUGUAAACAUGUGAAUAAGAGUGUUAUAUAGCAGCCAACAACUAAAUAUCCUUUUGUCAAAAACGUUGGUGCAGAUUCUGUUUAUCUGUUUGUACAUAGAUAGUAUAAAGCUGUACAUGUAACAUUUAUAUGGAUAUUUUACAUUCCUUGAUGUAUGCCUGUCCUGCGGAGGCAAUGUGAAAUUACUAAUAGCUGCAUUCCUACAUUCAACCAAGCUCGCUUGAUGAAGUCUUACUCCAUUGUAACACUGUGACAAUCUCCUCAUGCAACUGUAACAUCUGUACUAAAGUCUAACAUGCUCACAAAUAACUUAAUAUUAUACCUGAUAUAUUAAAAUGGCUUUAUUUGUUGUUGUGAAGCCUCAACAAGUAAAUAAGUCAUUCAAAAAAGGCUUUUAAUCUUAAACUCUAUAAACAAGUUUGCUUUUAGAUUGCAGUUUCAACUGUUGUACUUAGUAAAUAGUUCAUGUUGACAUUUCUUCCUCAUGUUAUACUUGAAAGCUGGUAUAUUUUAUCCAGAAUUUUGAAAAGAUGAAAUGGCAAGAGAACUGUGAUGUUGAAAAAAUGUAAUAAGAUGUAAUGAAAUCAGUCUUUUGAUUUAUAUUAAAAUUUAAAUACUCUAUAAAGCCACUGCAAUCAUAAGUGAUGGCUCAAUCAUUCCUUUCUUUUGCACUUUAGCAGUGUAUUGCUGAGUAUAUUCCCCUUCAAGCAAGAGUAGUAAAUAAGAAAGGUAUGAGGUUAGGGGUUUGUAUGAUUCGUAUUCAGCAGAGCUCUCUAUAUCUGCACUUUUGACAUCUAAUUGUUUGUAAAACAUAUGGAUUUAAUUUGCCUCUGCACUUCGCUUAUUUCAUAUCAGACAAGGUGAUUGUAUCUUGGAAAUGUUUUGUUCAAGCCAGCUGACAGCCAGAUAAAAGAUGUUAUUAUUUGCAGGUUAAUUCCCUAAUUUAAAUGUCCUUCGGUUAUUGCACUUCUCGUCCAUCUCUGGGUGUAUAUUACAAAUCUGCUUUGUUGUUCUGUGAUCUCAUUUUGUUGUUCAACAAGACUUAGUAAAGAGAUGAAAGUCUUAAGGCAAAGGAUUGUUAUAUGAAUGUGUUGUGACUGACAUUCCCACUGUUCUUUGCAGCAUCUAUUACAGAGUAAAGGUUACAGAGCGCAGAAAUGAUAUUCAUUUCCACUUUAUGACCAAAAUAAUACACACUGCAAAUGUUAAGUGGAUUAAGCUAUGUAAAUUGCUUUGCAUGUGAUAGUCUUACAUUGUGUCCUGAUAUUGGAUGUAAGAAAUGCUAAUGUCAUCACUUGCAAUUAAAGUUGUU